UAAUUAGGCCCCUAAUAUUAUUUGUAGCCCCACUGAUAAUAAAAAUAGAUGUCAGAACGAGUUUCACGUGAAGUCAGAAGCUUGUUAAUUAUAUUAAUUAAUGAGAAAGUGACAAAUCGAUUAAACAAUAUUGAGAAUAUUAUUAUAUGAAUCAACCUCACAUGAGUUGGAAUCUCACCAAUUUCCCCAAAAUCCUCACUUCUCCAAUGGAAAAUAUACAGCACAGCUUUGUAAAUAUCAGAGGCCUCAAGCUUCAUAUUGCAGAAAUUGGAACAGGCCCUGCAGUGGUAUUUCUGCAUGGUUUUCCAGAGAUUUGGUAUUCAUGGAGGCAUCAGAUGACGGCCGUUGCCGACGCCGGAUUCCGGGCGAUAGCGCCGGAUUUUCGGGGCUACGGCCUGUCUCAACAGCCGCCCGAACCAACGAAAACAACUUUUAAGGAUAUGGUGGACGAUCUGGUGGCGAUGCUCGACCUUCUCGGGAUUCCCAAGGUUAUACUUGUGGGGAAAGAUUUUGGAGCAAAGGUAGUUUACCAUUUUGCCCUCGUCCACCCUAAAAGAGUGAGUGCAGUUGCUACACUAGGUGUGCCCUUUGUUGUCCCUACAGACCCUGAGACAUUCAAAGCAUCUCUCCCUAAAGGAUUUUAUGUUUUGAGAUUCCGGGAAGAAGGGAGAGCUGAGAAAGAUUUCGGGCGAUUCGACGCGAAAACUGUGUUCAAGAAGAUCUACAUCAUGUUCACUGCAAGUGAGCUCCAGGUGGCCUCAGAGGAUCAAGAAAUCAUGGAUUUGGUAGACGAGUCUGCCCCGUUGCCCGCCUGGUUCACCGAGGAAGAUCUCCGAGUCUACGGAGAGCUGUACGAGAAAUCCGGUUACCAGACAGCACUCCAGGUUCCCUACAGGGCGUGGCUGGAAGGGUAUGGAGUUGAUGAGCUGAGAGUUGAAGCCCCAGGGCUGUUGAUCAUGGGAGAGGAGGACUAUGCCUUGAAAUUUGCAGGAUUUGAUCAUUACAUCAAAAGUGGAAUGGUGAAGAAGCAUGUUCCUGAUUUGGAGGUCAUUUUCGUACCUCAUGGAACACAUUUUGUUCAAGAACAGUUUCCUGAUCAAGUCAACAACAUCCUAAUCAAAUUCCUCAACAAGCAUGCAUCAAGCAACUAGAAAAAGAAAAAGAAAAAAAAGUGUUUUCAAUGUUUGAAAGAUCAUAUCCUUGCAAGAUAUGUGCAAUGAAUUCAUGUUUCUGUUUGGUUAAUGCCUUCCUUCAUUAAUAAAUUAUCAGUGAUGUGCUACAAUUAUUUCUGUUUCGAGUAGUUGAAAUCGUGUUUUGUGUCUA